AUGCAACAAUCGGGGCAGGGGCGGCCUGUGGAGGCGCGGUCCUUCAGGGCGGCACCUGCAGUGGCGGGGCGAGUGGCCAGGCCGCUGGAGAUGGCAGGACCACGCUCCAAGCUGCCACAUGCCGCGGGCCUGCUCGAGCCGCCCACGCUUUCGCUCUCACAGCCGCAGCUGAAUCAAGCACUGGGCUUCAGUUCAACGCCGGAUUUGCCCGUAGAGCUGAGGCAGCUGCCUCAGGCAGAACAGCUGCUGCAGCAACUGGACAGCAAGGCCGAGGAAAUCUCCCACCAGCCACGCCGGCGCCAGAGUGCCGCCAAGCGGGAAGGAGCACCCACAGGGAAUCGCACGCGGAAGCAGCGGCAGCCUGCAAGCAGCAAGCGCAAGGGGAAGGCGGCGGCAGCCUCGAUGACGGCAGCAGGGACGGCAGCAGCCCAGGUUCUGCCGGUCUCUGCGCCCGAGGAAGCCACCGCAGCAGCAGGUCCCAAGCCGCAUGUGGAGCAGGAUGCACAGAGUCCGCCAGCUCCCACGCGCUCCAAGCACCGCAGCAGCAAGAAGAAGGCUGGGCUGCCUUCCAAGGAUGCCGACAUCCUGCGGUGGUAUUCCGAGGCAGUGCGGUCCGCCGAGCACGCCCACAAGUCCUCCCCUGGCAAGCACACUGCUGCCAUGUUUGGACACGCCCUGCGCGAGCCGGUGCAGGAAUGGCUGGAUGCUCGUCUGGAGUACGUAGGCUUUGAGAGCCGGCCCUUCCCGCAGCUGCUGCCGCUUGACCUGCUGCUGGAGCUGGGUGUCAAUGGGGAGGAGGCCAGCAGCGUCUGCACCAGUCAUGUGUUUGCCCACUGGGCGAAGUCGUCCUCCAGCCUGCCGGUGCUGGCUAGCCAGUGGCACGACGUGGACAGCUGGGACCUUGACAACCCCGGGCUGCUGCUGCACGAGAGCCAUGCCGCACAUGAGCGGCAGGGCACGGCAGAGGAGCACGCGCAGGCCAUGAUUGAACUGUAUGGCGAGCUUUGUCGCGACAUAGCGGGGCUGCCCGUGGUGGUGGGCCGCCGGCCGGCCAGCGGCACCCUGAGCGGCGCUGCUGCCAGCUACACGGUGGAGGCGAUGGUUGGGGCCGGCCGCGCGCUGCAGGUUGCUCAGAGCCACCACUUGGCAGACAACUACUCUCGGGCGCUGGGCGCCUCCUACAGCACCAGUGCCGAGCAGCAGGAGUGGGGAGGGGAGUUCAUGAGCCAGAUGGGCAGCGGGCUGCGGGCGUCGCUGCUGGGUGGGGUGACGCUGGCGCACGGCGACGACGCGGGGCUGGCGCUGCCGCCCACCCUCGCGCCGGUGCAGGUGGUCAUUACACCCGUCCUCACCCGCAGCUGCAACAGGCAGGGGCUGGCAGACGAGGCUGAGCGUGUGCGGGCUGCGCUGGCGGCAGCUGGCGUGCGCGUGGCCGUGGACAACCGGCGGCUCAAGCCGGCCGUGCGCUUCCGCGCCUCGGAGCAGCUGGGUGCCCCGCUGCGCAUCGAGAUCGGCCCACAAGACAUCAAGGCCCGCUCAUGCGUAGUUGCGCGCCGCACCAUCCCCGGCCGCGCAGGCAAGCUGCGCGGCGUCAGCACGGAGCCGCAGGCGCUCGUGGAGAGCGUGCUGGAGCUGCUGGGCGACGCACAGACCGACAUGUGUGCAGGGGCUGCUGCGGCGCUGCAGACCAGCAUUGUUGAUGUCACAUCCUUCAUGGAGCUGCGGGACGUUGUGCAGGAUGGCAUGUGGGCGCGCGGUCCCUGGGCCGGCAGCCUUGAGGACGAGGCAGCUGUGUAUCAGGAGACGGGCGCCACGCUGCGCUGCAUCCCUCUGCAGCAGCCUGUCAGCAUCUGGUCUGGUUACUCAACCUGCCUUUACUCGGGCUACCAGGCCGCAGAGGUGGCCCUCUUUGCUCGUGCGCUGUGA